AGACUGAAAGAUUUAAAGCAAAGGGAAUUUGCUCGAAAUGUGGCUUCAAAGUCAUGGAAAGAUGAGAAGAAACAGGAAAAAGCACUCAAGCGGCUCCACCAGCUUGCAGAGUUGCGGAAGGAAUCAGAAUGCAUCACUGGGAGUGGACCAUUGCUUAAAGCCCCCAGAUUAGUCGUGGAAAAGCAUCAAUCGCCAGAUGGCAUUUUCCUGUGCAAAGGCGGCAAGUUUGCAGCCAGUUCUCGAAGAACCAUCACAAAUGAAGGACAAGGCAGCCUACCAGAGAAAGAGCAGCUUAUAAGCAGGCACCAGUUACCUACUGAAAGAUCCCUUGCACUUGGAAAUCAAGACUUCCAAGUGUUCCCAGAUAGCACCAAUAUUUCUCAAAGGGUGGGAGUGUCUUUCUCAUUCUCUAAAAAAGUCCCUUUGAAGCUCGAGUCCUCAGCAUCAGUCUUCAGUGAGAACUCUGAGGAAGGAAAUGAUUGUAGUGAAUCCUCCAACCAUAAAACAAAGCAAGCUAUUGAGGGCUGUCGUUCUGGCACACUUUUGGAGGAGGACAUGAAAGCAAGCUUGGAUAAAGGGCCACCUAUUACUCAAGACCAAAUGGAUUCGGAUAACAGUGCGUCAAGUCAUGUAGCUGCGAAACCUAAAAUGCUAAAGGAGAAUGAUAAAAGUAGUGACAGAGAAUUAGAAGAAAAGGCCGCUGCUCACCCUUCAUUUUCCAAGGUCAAAAUACAGCUUUCAAAUUUGGAAUUUUCUGGUUCAGUUAGAGAAACAGAGCAAGAGAGCAAAUUGAAUGAGUCUGAGCAACUGUUAGAAACACUAAUUUCACCUUUAUGCCAAGCUAGCAAUUUUUGUACACAGUCAAACACCUGCAAGCACAGCAAUGCCCACCUGCCUGACCAGUUACCUGAGCUCCCCCAACAUCCAGCACCUGAGCUGGCAUGCUCAAGCAGCAUUAAUGACAGUUCUGGGGUGGUAAAAAGAGAAAGAUCUUUGGAGAGCUCAGAAACCACAAAUGGGAACAUGGAAACGCUUCCAAGGGAGACUGUGACUAAAGAGGUUAAGCCCUACACAUUGCCUUUCCUCCGUGUAGUGAGCAAAGACGGCACCACUGCUCUGCAGUGGCCCACAGAGUUACUUCUGUUUACAAAAACUGAGCCCUGUAUUUCAUAUGGCUGUAAUCCAUUGUAUUUUGACUUCAGACUCUCUUUAAAUCACAGAGAUGGUAAACAGCAUGAAACAAAGAAAGCAAGCUGUAAAGAGCACUCUAUAAAUAAGACUGCCAAUGAAAAUGAAGCCUCAGGUUUAAUAAAACACAAGCAAAUGUCAAAUGAACAACAUAAUCAGUCGUUGAAACCAAAGAAGAUGAAAGAUUCCCUAAAUUCAAGAAAGGCCAAGCAAAAAGCUGAGUCAGACAUAGGGAAAGUAAUGAAUGAAAAUGGUCAAAAAUGCAUUGCAGAUCAUUUGAAUGAAAAUAUACCCAAAGUGCCUGCUUACCUUGAUGUCUCACAAAAAGAUUAUUUGACAGAAAAAUGUCUUCAUACAACAACACUGAGAAGACCUUUAAAGCAUCAUUUUCAUAGCUGUGAGAGAAAAAAACAGAACAUUAGAAAUGAAAGCAUUUCCUUUUCUGCUUUUAUGUCUAAGAUUAAAAAUUCUAAAGCUGCAAAAUGUCAUUUAAUUUAUUCUGAGGAAAAAUGUGAAAACCAAAAUGACUGCAGAUCCAUUCAAGAUGUGGCCAGCUGCAGCAGUGACAUAAGUGACAGUGGAAAAGACUUGAGUGGAAGUUUCCUUAGUUAUAAAUUCAGUUCGAACAGCAAGUAUUCAGAAAAGGAAGGAUCUGGAAGUUACACAAGAUGCUGGAGAUUCCCAUCUCCUCCGAAGUUCUCCUCUGACAGACAUUCCAGCUAUUCUGACACUUCUGCUAGCGGUACGAGUAGCUACAUGAGCUACACGAAUUCAACAUCGAACAAUCACAGCAGAAAUCAUUUGCUCUUUUGUUGUAAAAGAAAAAGCAAGACAGCUGAAAGGCACAAAUGUAAACACAGAAAGCACAAGUGUAUUUUCACUUCUGAUGAUACAGACAAGGAUUAUCUUUGUCAUAGCAGCAGUCACAGAACUAGAAACUGUACACAGAGGAGCACAAUUAAAUAUCGAAAAUGUUCAAGACAUAAAGUUUUACAACACAGAGACAGAUCUAAACACAGCAGAUGUAGACACCGGCAUUCUGGCAAAGUGCACAGUAGAAGUAGAAGCUACCAUAGCUCUGAAAGUUGUUCCACCAGAGAUUCAAGAAGCAGCAAAGGAUCAUCUACUAGUAGAAUAUCAAGAGGUAGCAGUUCAGGAUCCUUCUCAAAAGAGACUGACAACUGUGAUGACAAAACAAAAGAGGAUGCAGAAAGAGGUCCUAAUACUGAAUUGGGAAAAGCUGAAACUGCACACUACAACUCUCUGAAUGUGAAUGGUCAGUCUAAAAACUUUGGCACCUGCUCUUCUGAAACCCUGGCAGAAGACAUAUGUGGAAAAAGGAAGUCAUUGACAGCCAAGCUACUUUUAGAAAGAGUGCAAUCCAAGAAGACCCAGGAACAAAUGCACAAUUCAGAGAGAUUUUCAAACAGUUGUGGAGUAGAAUUGAAGGAUCACUCUCAAAGUCACUUUGCUCUUCAGUUUUCGUCAUCAAUAGAUGGCAUUGCAAUGUUACCUUUGCCAGAGAAACUGAUAAGCAUAGGUAAAAAUGACAUGGGGCAUAAUGAAAUCAGUUCGUUGGAAACCAGUGUGAAGAAAAACAACUUUGAAGCAUCAGAGGUAACUGAUGUUGCUCUUUCAACAGGCACUGAUUAUGAUAAUUGUCUUUUUAAAGACAUCAUUCAAAUAGGAACAGGCUAUCAGAGCCCAAGCAUAAAAAGGAACACAGCAAUAAAGGAACAAUCCAAUCUCUUCUUUAGUGAAGUGCAACCCUUUAUACAAAGCUGUGACCCAGAACCAAAUGUUUUCCCUGGUGCUUUUCCCUCUAAUAGAUAUCCUGUUGUGGCUAAUUCAACAGAGACCAAAGAACUACAUGAUGUAAACAUGGACUCAAACCAGGCAGAAGGCAGUUCAGGCUCUCUGUGUGACAAUGCUAUGCAGAAGUAUGAUGACACAGUAAAUGACCUAGAAGUGUACAGUAAAUCCACCUCCCCUCCUUUAACACAGCAGCCUAUCACAUUUUCACCAGAGGAAGUAGACAAAUACAGGUUGCUGCAGCUGCAAGCCCAGCAGCAUAUGCAGAAACAGCUCCUGGCAAAACACCUGAAAGUUUUGCCUGUCCCAGGACCAGCUGCCUUCUCUGCAACACCAGCAGUUCCUGCCCUCCCUGUUCAGCAGCAUGCUACUGUCACCACCAUCCACCACACACUGCUGCAGCGCUUUGCUGUCUCGGCAUCAGUACAUCCCCACGGCAGCCAUCUCUCCCUGGCACACCUCCACCCCCUCUCUCAGGUGCAUUUCACCCCCAUAUCACUUUCACCAUUAGCACCAGCCCUUAUUCCCACCCACCCUGCUCUGCUGACAGGACAUCCAUUGCACUUGGUCUCCACCAGCCCCCUCCACCCGUCCCCACUGACCUUCCCUCCACUGCCACACACUGCAUAUAUCCCAGCCUUAUUUACACCACACCUGAAUGCAGCCACACCUUCUGCUAUACAUCCAAAUCCCUUAGUUCAUCCAUUAUUUCAAGGGCAAGAGCCCCAUCAUCAUUCUUGCUCUAGCCAGACCCAACAGUUACCUACAAUAAAAGAAGUUUUCAGUGUUUCUAGCUAUUUAAACUAG